UCUCAUUUCCGGAAGAGUCAUUUCCCUUCAUGUCUUUGUCUCGGUCCAGAUGACAAUUAUGUGUACGUACUAGUUUGAUAGCAUUAACCUCCAACAAUAUAUGUGUACAGAAAACACGAAAUUACUUAAUUAAAUCGUAAUGUAAAUGUUCAACUUCAGCAGAUUAUGGAAUCAACAUGGCUUCACGACGUAAAACACGACAAAGUAUUGCUAACAAUGAAAAUAUUUCUGACAGUGAUUUAGAUCUUCGUGCCAUUACAUAUCAAGGACAGGGUAGAACCCCAGCUGUUAAUCCAUCCAAUGAAGGUCCUAAACCAAGAGUUUCCAUGAAGACAGUGUCCCAAGGCAUGAUGGACGUCUCUCUUCUGACCUCUAACGCCGCCCAGCUUCGGACAGCUCUACUCCAUCCCAAAUAUGAUUUCUACUGGCCACUGGUGUGUCUGAUAAUUGUAUCAAUGACCCUGCAAGUAGUGACCAGAGUAGUUAUGCUACGGGCGGAUUAUCUUAAACACCAGGACCCUUACCAAAGAAAACAGUUACAGUUUCUUGGUCUCGUGUUCUUGUCCUUUAUCACUGUGACGAAUGCCCUCAUUUCAGCUUUUAAUGUUUCGCCGCAUGAAUAAAUCAUCCACUUUGA